AUGAACACGACCAGCCCUGUGACCAAGCCCACCCUAACCUACUUCAACGUUAUCGGCCGCGCCGAAGUGGCGCGCCUGAUGCUCGAGGACGCCGGCGCCGACUACCACUUCGUGCCCGUAGCCAACUGGCCCGACUGGUCCGACGACAAGGCCCGCCUCACCGCCGCCGGCAAGCUCGCUUUCGGCCAGGUCCCACUCUAUGAGGAGCCCGACGGGCUCACGCUGGUCCAGAGCGGCGCCAUCGCGCGCCACUUGGCCCGCAAGCUCGGCUUCAACGGGGCCGACGCCCACGAGGAGGCCCUGAUCGACCAGGCCAACGAGGGCGUGGUGGACACCAUCACCGCCAUGGCCGAGCCCAUCUUUCGCACACCCGCCGCCCUCCAGACCGAGGCCAAGCAGAAGCUGGUCAGGGAGACCCUGCCGGCGCACUUGGCCAUGUUCGAGAAGCUGCUCGAGAAGAACGGCAACAAGGGCGCCUUCUUGGUGGGCGCGAAGCUGAGCUACGCCGACCUCAACUUGUGGGUCGCUCUGGAGCUGGUGUUCGCCCGGGUGGAGGGCAGCCGCGACGCACUGCUGGGCGCCUUCCCGGCGGUGAAGAAGCUCAUCGAGAGCGUGUCGGGGAGGGAGCGCAUCAAGGCCUACAUCGCCCGCGACGUCUACACCACCAAAACUGGGCAGCCCUAA